AUGAUGUACAGCUUUAUGGGCGGUGGCCUGUUCUGUGCCAUUAUUGGGAACAUCCUAAUAGUGGUUUGCACAGCGACAGACUACUGGAUGCAGUAUCGCCUCUCAGGCAGCUAUGCCCACCAGGGCCUGUGGAGGUACUGCAUGGCCAACAAGUGCUACAUGCAGACAGCAAAUAUAGCAUACUGGAAUGCCACAAGGGCAUUCAUGAUCCUAUCGGGAAUGGCAUGCUUUGCGGGCAUCAUGGCAGGCAUCCUCUCAUUUGCCCAUUUUUCUGCCUUUGAGAGAUUCAGUCGUUCCUUUGCAGCAGGAGUCAUGUUUUUCAUCUCCACUUUGUUUGUGCUGCUGGCUAUGUCGAUCUACACUGGUGUAACCUUAAGUUUUCUGGGCAAGCGAUUCGGAGACUGGCGCUUCUCCUGGUCCUACAUACUUGGAUGGGUGGCCAUGCUCAUGACCUUCUUUGCAGGGAUAUUUUACAUGUGUGCCCACAGAAUGUAUGAAUCCAGGAGAGUGGUUGGAAGUCGCUAACCUGAAGAAGGAAAAACUGCAUGCAGCAGGAAGUUUGGGCUCAGAAAUUGUCAGGAACUUCCUCAAACCUUAAUGUUAUAUAAGUUUAAUAAAUUUAAAGUUCAGAAAUACAAUGACAAAUUUAAAGUUUAAGAGCACUUUAAAAGACUCACUUUUUUUUAAAAACACGCACACAUUUGUAUAAUUCUUCACAGAUAAAAAUACCGGUCUUCACAAGCGUUUAUUUCACUUUUCAUAUUUUUUUUUCAAUAAAAUUCCACAUCAAAUCAGUUUCUGUGAAAUUUCUGUCUUAAUGUAUUGUAGCAUUGCAAUACAUUUUGACUUUACAUACUGUAAACAAUUUUUUUAGAGUGUCUUUUUAACAUGUUGUUGGAAGUUAGAGCUUGUACAUGUAGUUAUAUGUUUUGCCAUUUACAAUACUUUUACAUUUAGUGUUGCAUCGUUUUUGCAACUGUUCCUAAGCAUUUCUUUCACCUUGUAGACAUGAGUAUCAGACUUUUUUUUUACAGUUUCACACCAGCUCAAAUACAUAUUCAGCAAGUAUGGCACAUACUGUGUUAAGCAGUUGUGAGCAAAAAAUGGAGCAGAAAAAAAUCAAAGGUUUAAAUUUUUAUAUAGCAGUAUGGGUGUAUUUUGAGACCCUCAUUACAUUUUUAUUUAUUCAUUUUAUUUUUUUGUAUCUUUUAUGUUCUAUCAGGGUUACAUUUUGUUUUGCUGUCUCUCCUUCAAGCUUCCGUGUUCGUAUUGCCUACAUUGCAUUGCUCUUAUUUGCACAUCCUGUCAUCACUAACAUCUUCGAUUUCCCCAAGGCAUAUGUACUCCUGAUGGGUCUGCAGUGAACAUCCACUGCCCCAAACACAUGAAAUAAACCUUUGGAGCUCUGCAAAACCUUGGUAGAGCAGCUGCUCCCAACAAUGUUCAUGAUGUGUUCAUGUGCUCCACAUAAAAGCUCUUUCACAAAACACAUGUUUUUUGUUAAAUGAGCUUCAGGUUCUUUUUAGCCUUUCACUACUUUUUAGAAUGCACGUUUAAAGUUAGUCAUGUUAUGACAAGUGCUUUUGCUUUCCUGCUUCUGGUUUUAUGACCACUAAAUUGCAUUAUGAUGGGGUAGAGUUUGGUAACCUUCAAGAUCCUUCAGAUUUUUACUCUUCUGUCUGGUCAUGUUGUGCAAUGAAAUUUUGAAUCAGACCUUUGUGCUUCCAUGUGGAUUCUGCUCAUGUUUUAUUAAACAGAAGUACAGUACACACAUUUUAAAA